CCCUUUGUAGCACUGGGGGCGGGGCUCGUCUGGGGCGGGGCCCGGCACAGGGGGCGGGGCCUUCCGGGCCGCCAAGUUCCUACCUCCUCGCGCCCGGCACUGUCCGUUCCUGCGGUCCGUUACCCUCCGGAUACCAAAACCAAAGGGGACAGGCGCCUCCCUCCAGGCCCCAAGAUAUGCUCCAGAUAUGAGUCAGCAGGAUCCCUCAGCCCGCCCCUCGAGGCCGCAAUCACGGCCCUCCGCCCACACCUUCACUAUCCGCCAUUUAACCCCCGAAGAGGGGGAGAGGCGGGCAUCCAGCUGGCGCUGAUUUUCAUUGCCCACAGCUCCUUGGAUCCGUGGGCUUCCAAGGCAGAGAGCAUUCGCCCCGAGAACGUUGCAAUCUGCGGGUAACAGCCAGUGCUGGAGCUGCAAAAACUGGGACCAGCCCUCCACUGGCCUCUGACUUGACCCUCCCCAGUGGCCUUGUGCUGCUGCGUCAGAUAUUUUCAGCUGCAACUCCCUGCAAGGUGGGGCACCCAUCUCAGGCAGAAGGUUUUGGUGCACCCCACGAUCCUUCUCCCCAGGACUGUCGCUGCCCGUGGCCUCAGGUGAGUAGCGAGCAUCCUGCUUUUCUCCCUUUGGGGCUCAAGGGGGCAGGUGGGGGUUCAGUACUCUCCUCAUUAGGGCGGGCCUCUUUCUAGUUGUGGUUUUCAGAGCUGGGAACACACAUAACUUGAGGGCUCGGAAGCCUUAAAUCAUUUAUAUGUUUAAUGAUCUGUGGCCCAGGCCAUGUAGGAGUUUGGGGAGUAUCUCAUCCCACUUCUCCAUUUCCUUAGCUGAGGAAGACAGGAAUGGGAAAGACCACGGAGGUUGGGGAUAAGAGGGGAAUAAAAUAUUGGGGCAUAUGACCCGGCCUUGUAAAGGUUGAUGAGGAGUAAGCACAGAGGGGGGCCUUCAGCUGAGAUUGUGCAGGGCCCCCUAUCAUGCUCUCAGCUCUCUUCUUCAGGAUGAAAGGGGAGACCCCUGUGAACAGCACUAUGAGUAUUGGGCAAGCCCGCAAGAUGGUGGAACAGCUUAAGAUUGAAGCCAGCUUGUGCCGGAUAAAGGUGUCCAAGGCAGCAGCAGACCUGAUGACUUAUUGUGAUGCCCACGCCUGUGAGGAUCCCCUCAUCACCCCUGUGCCCACUUCGGAGAACCCUUUCCGGGAGAAGAAAUUCUUCUGUGCCCUCCUCUGAGCUGCCCUGUCCCUCCUCACAACUCUUCACCUUUCCCUCUCCCGGGCCCUUCCUCAUUUAUGUCAGGAACUGUGGUGAGCCCACUAGGGUCCCUGCAUCCCAUCCGUAGCCCUUUCCCAACCCUGUGAGGUUAGCUGAAGCACAAGGCCCUCCCUCACCUAUCUGCCGACCCCAUUUCCUCGCCCACUGAGGCGGACCCAAAGCACCCCGUGACUCGGGGCACCCUUAGCUCCACCCACAGAAGGGCUGUCAGACUCUGCCAGCGUCCUGCCCGCUUCCCUCUGUGACCCGCUCAGACAAUGGAGAGAGGGAUGGGCUGGGUGCUGGCUCUCAGUCUCACCUGGAACUAUUGGAAGUGUAAAGCCAUUUGAAGAAUAAAGUCAUCCAGAGUCUCA